AUGUACAGCCAACCGCGUACUCAGUCUUCAGACACUCGCUAUACGCUCAACGGUUAUUCCUCCGCUGACCACGAGGUCCCCGUUGACAGCAAUGCUGCCUACUCCAUGAACGGCUCCUACUACGACCAGCAGAAUGGUGUUGGCCGCCGCGUCGCCAAUGCCUUUCCAGACAGCCAGGAGCCGUAUAUGUCAUCCGGGGUGAUGUCCGGACAUCGGUAUGCGCGUGAUACGUCGUACUCCCCCACAACGGGCGGCAGUCGCUCCCUCCAUCCUCACAGUUCAUCCCGACGCCCUCUGAAAUGGCUCACUAUUCGCAACCCGGGAGUCCCACCCAUCCCCGGAGCCCCGACAGCAUGUAUUCCUAGUACUCCCUACUCGCGACACGCCCACUAUCAGUCUCGCGCCCCUACCACUACCAGUCGAUCCCGUUCUGGCUCGAACUCCCUUGCCCACUACCGCCACGGUCAUCACAGCCCCAACCUCUCUCCUCACGUACCGCACCGGACUCCCGCCGCUGCCGCGGGGAUCGUGGCUCCCGAGCGUUUCGUCUGCCAGAUUUGCAAAAAAUCUUUCUCCCGGUCGCAUGACAGGAAGAGGCACCAUGUUGGACAGCAUCUUGAUUCCCAUGCCCGACCAGUCUGUCCCAACUGCCACAAAGAUUUCAGUCGACCCGACUCUUUGAAAAGACACAGAGACAAUGGCUGCGACGAGUCCGUCACUUCAUGA